GCCAUCUCCUGCACUGUGUCCGCAGUCUCUGGCCAUCUCCUGCACUGUGUCCGCAGUCUCUGGUCAUCUCCUGCACUGUGUCCGCAGUCUCUGGUCAUCUCCUGCACUGUGUCCGCAGUCUCUGGUCAUCUCCUGCACUGUGUCCGCAGUCUCUGGUCAUCUCCUGCACUGUGUCCGCAGUCUCUGGUCAUCUCCUGCACUGUGUCCGCAGUCACUCUCUGGUCAUCUCCUGCACUGUGUCCGCAGUCUCUGGUCAUCUCCUGCACUGUGUCCGCAGUCUCUGGUCAUCUCCUGCACUGUGUCCGCAGUCUCUGGUCAUCUCCUGUAGUAUGUCUGCAGUCUCUGGUCAUCUCCUGUAGUAUGUCCGCAGUCUCUGGUCAUCUCCAGUACUGUGUCCGCAGUCUCUGGUCAUCCCCUGUACUGUGUCCGCAGUCUCUGGUCAUCCCCUACUGUCCGCAGUCAUCUGUG